AUGAACUGCGAACACGUUGCGUACACUACAUGUGCUAGUAAUGGAUGCGGUGUUCUCACCGCCAACACAUUUACACCACUUACACUCGUCGCCUGCUCCGUAGAGGUAGAGGUGCACGGCAACAGCGCCCGCCUUAAUGUACGCUACGAAUACAACAACUACACGGGGAAGGACCAACGAGUUAUUGCCGCAUAUCCGCUUCCCAUGUGGUGGGAUCUUAUGAGUUGCAGAGCUGACUAUGCAAAGGACUCCGUCGUUGGUGUCCACUGCGUCACCAUACCACUAAAUGUAGAGGUUUCGGAUGCGGCAGCAACUUCAUUUCCCAUACUUCCGGGACCGAAACCAGACGGUGUUGUGGCCAUUGUUGCAGCGCAGCGGUUGCCAUGGAUGAUUGGCUUGGGUAGCAGCGUGCUCAUUGGGGCUACGUAUGCAGUGCCUCUGAAUGCGCUGUGCAAGGCUGGUGAGUUCCGUAUGGUUCUUCCAAUGGAAUUAUUUCCUGACGCACCACCACCACCACCAUCAACGAUGGAGUAUGAGUCUUUGUUCGCUAUGAAGUGGCCAUCCAAACUUCCCAAAGGGCUAACCAUCGAUGUCAAAUGUAAAACAUUCACCCCGCUCGCGGGAACUGUGGAGUUGCGCCCAACAGGGGGUAAUGUUUGUGAUCCGGUUCCGGCGCAAGUGGAAAUCGUCGGUGAUAGUGGUUUCAGAUUGCAUUAUGAAGGACCGCUUGCUGCGCGUGUACGGGGUGGUUUUGAACUUUUUUGCCCUCUUUUCCGAACCAUCGAGCCACUACGCUUCUUUGUGGAGGUUGACAACGGAAGGGAGGUCUGUGACGACGACAGAUACGCCUUAACACUCGUGCUCACACCAGUAGUAGCUGAGCAGCUUAGCGCUACCGUCAAUGCCGAGUUGAUCUUUGUUGUUGAUUCUCACAGCAACUAUGCAUCGGCGUGCAUGUCCCAGGCUCUCCGGGUUGCCCUUUAUGGCGCUCCGGACAAAGCACCUGUGAAUAUUAUUCUAAUUACGGAGGAGAAUGAUAUAUGCUUGUGUCCAGGCGGCUCGACUCAAGUAAAUCAACUUGAUAUUGAUGGGUUAGCCGCGUUUGUUGCUCAAACACGGCCACAACGACCAAGUGUGGGUGUCUCACAUUUAAACAGAGUGAUGCGCUCGCUGGUAAACUCGGAGUCCACCGGCCCAUGUGGCCCCGUACCACGAGGGUUUGUUCGGCACAUUAUUGUUCUGUCAGAUGAGGGUACAAAAUCCCAUGCUGUGGAGGCUAUUUCGUUGGCUGCACACCAUCAACACAACAUGCGUUUCAGCGCUGUUGGCUUAAUUACCGCUGGCGGAGCCAAUGCAGCCGCAUUACAAUUACUCGCACAGGAAGGUGGUGGGGUGUAUUACGACGCAACGGACGCUGAAGAGUUGCAAGCGGUUCUCGCGCAAGUGGUGUCGCUCGUGGCUGUCCCGACGGUGACGGACGUCGAACUCCGUUUCAGAGAACCUGAAGUUCGCGUAGAAAGCAAACAACUACGGGCUAUACCGCAGGGUUUGCAGCAAUUUGUGCAGUGUUUUGUACCUGCUUCACUCGAAAACUUCCACGUUGUUGUAAUUGGUCGUAUUGGUUCCGCGUCUGUGGAGUAUACGGGCCAGGGAAGUUUGACUGAGGUGUUUUUAACUGCAUGUUCUGAACCACAGAAUGCUUUCUCAGUCGGGAUGCUCCACCUUUCGGCUGCGGCCUCUAGGAUACGUUAUCUCGUUGAAGGGCGCAGUUCUUUUACCUUGAAUAAAAGCGAGGUGCAAGAGGUUGGGCGGUACUCCGAGACGUACAUGCUACCAUCGCCGUUCACGGAAAUGAAGCAGAUACGACCCUCCGUGGGUGGAGGCGCACGCUCGCAAACAAUUCCGGGAGCAGCAGAUACGCCUAUUGUUGCAGCCGCGCGGUAUGUGCCGCGCCAUUGGCUUUAUGCUCAGUUCUUGCAGAGACUCUCAUGUCGUCGUCUCGCGGAGGGCCUCAUCGACUGCCGUCCGCAGCAACUGAGGCAGAAGAUCAGGCAACUGGAAGGCGCCACCACCAACGGCGACGCACCAAUUGUUCAACAGCACUCCAGUGCUUCUACUCUCGGAAAACCACGAACCACCAAGGAAUUCAUCCGCCACAUUUUGAUGGAUAUAGUCGAUUCGGUUCUUGCCACAAGUCUUUGCGUGCGGCGCAUUGCGGCCUUACAGGCACCGGAUGGUUCGUUUUCCCUUGACUCCAGGUUAGCCGUUUGUGUGGGUCUUCCGUGUGAUAGAAUGAAGUUAGACUCAUUAAUUGUAGAGGACAACGCGGGUGAGGAGCACUGUGAAGCACAGGACGUAUGCAAAGACAAGGAGCGACUAUGGGCGACGUCCCUGGUGGUCGUUUCUAUUGAGAAGCAACCAAGUGGCAUCGUAACACUCGCUUACCGGAAAGCAAUGUCUUUUAUUGAGAAUAAUGAUCCAAAAGGUGGGUUCAUAAAUCGUGCAAGGGAGGUCUUUGCCGGCGUGUAG